AUGCCCACCACGCAAUUCUCAUACCGAUCGCAAAAGGAGUUGACUGUAUGGUCUGGUUAUCCCGAGUACAAGCCCAUCAAGGGAUUUGAAAAACCUGAAACUACCACCAAGAAGUUCCAAUACAGCAAAUACGGUGAUGCAUAUGCUUAUGCUACCAGCGAAAGUGUCAAGGUCUUCGAUGCUUCAUCCUUAGCUCAGCGUUGCGAGAUUAAACGACCCAACGUUGUCGAUCUAUGGUUCUCUCCACAAGGCAGUUAUCUUGCUACCUGGGAACGUCCAACCAAGCGUGAAGAUGGCUCGGGCAGCUUGAAUCUCAACAUUUGGGAUACCAAGACAGCUGAACUUAUUGCAUCCUUCUCUCAAAAGCAAUUGAACAGCUGGAACUUCCAAUGGACUGACGAUGAAAAGUAUUGUGCUCGUAUGGUCACUGGUGAGGUCCAAUUCUGGGAGAGCAAAAACUGUGGCAAGUCUGUGUGGGCAAGACUCAAGCUUGAAGGCAUUGCUCAAUUCUCUUUGAGUCCCGGCAAGGCUCCAGCAGUGGCAGUAUUUAUUCCUGAACGCAAGGGUGCACCUGCUAUUGUACGCAUGUACAGCAUCCCCAACUUCAAUCAAGCCCUUUCCAACAAGACUUUUUACAAGGCCGAUCAAGUCCAAUUGUUCUGGAAUGAUUUGGGAACCAAUUUACUUGUAUUGACUCAGACGGAUGUGGAUAAGACUGGCAAAUCGUACUAUGGAGAAACCAAUCUUUACUAUUUGUCAGUGGCAGGCAAUUUUGACUGCAGAGUGCCUCUCGACAAAGAGGGUGCCGUUCAUGAUGUUCAUUGGAGCCCCAACUCAAAGGAAUUUGCUGUUGUUUAUGGAUCUAUGCCUGCCAAGGCCACUUUGUUCGAUCAUCGCGCCAACUCGAUCUUUUCCUUCGGCAUUGAACCCCGCAACUUUGUACGAUUCAAUCCUCAAGGCACGAUUAUUGCAAUUGCUGGUUUUGGCAACUUGAACGGCACCAUUGACUUGUGGGAUCGUAAGACUUUACGCAAGGUGAACACUUUCCAAGCACCCAAUGCCUCUCAUUGCGAAUGGUCACCCUGUGGUCGAUACAUCAUGACAGCUACCUUGACACCUCGUCUACGUGUUGAUAACGGUUUCAAAAUGUGGCAUCACAGUGGUAGCUUGAUUUAUGAGGAGAGCGUGGAUGAACUUUUCCAAGUGGGAUGGCGCCCUGAACCAGCAUCAGCGUAUCCUGCUAUGCGUGGCCUUUCUCCACCUCCCAAGCCCAUCAAGAUCUCCGCUGGUAAGACUCCUGCUGCUUCAUCUCCCAAGCCUGCUGGCGCAUACCGUCCUCCUCAUCUUCGUGGCAACAAUGCACCAGCAGCUACAUUGUCUCAGCGAGAAGCUGCAUUAAGUGGACGUGGCCCCGCUCUUACUAUGCAACGAGGCAAGAACAAUAACAAUGCCAAAAAGAAUGGCAAUGGUGCAUUGGCCUCCAAAGCUGCAGCUACUCCAUUGACACCAGAAGAGAAGGCAAAGAAGAUUAGAAACUUGGAAAAGAAGCUACGUCAAAUUGCUGAUAUUCGAGAUAAGCAAAGCCGAGGUGAAAAGAUCGACGCUGCACAGCAACAAAAACUGAGCACUGAAGCAAACGUCAUGCGUGAACUUGCAUCCCUUCGCGAAUAA